AUGGUUCACUUUACGACUUUGCCUUUGUUUCUCUGCACCGUUGAAAAAUAUGUUCUAAAUGAAACAUUUGUUUUAUGGGUUGCAGGUUUAAUCUCAGAGACUCUGUGCUAUUUAACUUUGGAGGCAGAAGCUGGAGAUAACGUCACUAUUUGGUGCCAACAUGGUCUGACUAAUGCAGAUAAAAUCUUCUGGUUUAAACACACAAGUGAUUCAGUUCCACUUCUUCUGGGGUGUAAACAGUUUUUUACAUCAGCUCCAUCACAAAAGUGUUACUUCUUUACUGAAAGUGAGAGAAUAGUGAUGUCUGUUCAUGGCAAGAAGACGUCUCUCACAAUCACUGCAGUAACCGUCUCUGAUACAGGACUGUAUUACUGCAGCUUCAGUGACAAAAUGAUCUUUAGAAACUCGACCUCUUUACAAGUGAAAGGACAUAAUAAAACACUUUCUAAGGACACGGAAAGAGCAAAUGGCAAUUUGACCCCUUUCCAAGUUUCAGUCUGUUCUGGUGUGUUCUUCAUUCUGUCCAUGAUACUUGCUCCGUUGAUCAUGAUUCUUCUCGGUGUCCUGAUUUUCAAUAUACUGAAGCACAGAAAAAUGCACAGAGGUGAUAAAACUGAUAGACACGACGAUGAGGAACAAGAGUCUGAUUCAGUGAAUUAUGCUGCUCUACACUUCUCUAAUAAGAAAACCAAGAGGCCAGGGAGACGCAGUCAAAUGGAGGAUCCCCACGUUAUAUAUUCUGGCGUCAAACAAUGAUUUAGUAAUACCGAGGUAACAUGUAUACAUAAUUAAGCAUGUAAUCUAUUGUUUAUUAAUGGUGAACAAUGUUCAGGUGAUGGAGGAAAUGGGAUUUUUUAAUGCUUUCAUCAUAACAGAAAAUACAUUUAUGAUUUUUUAUUCAUGAAUUUAUGCAUAACGACAAUAUGGUAACUAUGUAGAUCUGUGGUAGAAUUGAUCAAUCAAAAUUAUAUUAAGCUAAUGUUUGCAGUGACUUUAUUUUAAUGCCUGUCAAUUUGGUAUUCAAUGUAAUAAAAUUCAUCUUCAGUAAGAAGCGUUCUUUUUUGCCUUUGGGAUAUAGAAAACCACUUUAUUAAUGAUAAAGAUGACAAAAAUUGGAGUUUAAUGUUAUGUGUUGCCUAGUUUUGUGAGUCAGACCUCUAGCGUUUACUAGAAAGUCUGGUACAUUUUAAUAAUAUACAU